AGUUGAUUAUCCAUCCUUGAAUAUUCCAAUCAAAUCAAACUCAAUGUCGAGUAAUGUCGACUCAACUCCACUCGAUUACGCACUAAUUGCAUCUGCUGUCGGUACGCAAGCCAUAAACCUAAGAAGGGUUUCCUCCCGACCUCCACUCAUCGGCCUCUGCCGCGCUCUCUAGUCCUCAUCGUCGUAUCCCUUCUUCUUCAUCAUCUCCAUCUGGGUCUCUUCUUCUUGGGGUCCAUACGUUGCCCGCUGACAGCAGGACCCAAAAUGGGGAGCACGGCGGCGGAGAAGACGGAGGAGGAGCUUCGCAAAGAGAUCGACGAGCUUCAUCGCCAGCAACGCGAGAUAACGGAGAGGCUUCGAGACCCGAGGGGCCUUCGCAGAGGGGGAUUUCCUGGUGCUGGCCCUCGCAACGUAGCCGCCAAUGGAGCUCGGCAGCGUGGUUUUGUUCGCCCUGCCGAUAGGACUGAGAACGAAGAUCAGCCUCCCGCGAAGCGCCGCCUCUUGUCUGCUGUCGUCAAGGUGGAAGACGGAGAGAUAAUAGAGGAUGCUGAAGCAGCAAAGGAUGAGAAGUCAUGGGAUUCGUUGUUGGAGGGAGUCGAUAAGAAGGAGCCAUCUGAUUGGCAGCAGAGUGGUAGGUCAUGGAGAGAUUUCACUAAGCGAGCAGGAAAGAUGGAAUUUGAGGCUCCAGAAACGGAACCUCUUCCGAGGGUUUUGCCGAAGAAUGAGGACCCUAGCUUGGUCAAUCGGAAUAAAAGAAUGCUGGGUCAGCUUCUAGGAACUUUGGAGAGAUUCAGAAAGGAGGACAUGCAACUGUCGGGAUCGGAUGCAUUUAUGCGGAGGUCAAAUUCUUUACAAAGAGCUGAGCAAAGAGCGCGUGAAGAAAGUGAAAAGCUGAGGCAGCAAGAGCGUGAGCAAAUUGCAGAAAAGAGAAAGCAAGAUUUGACUCUUAGAGCACGAAUUGCUGCCAAGGCGGAAGAAAAGAAGUUGGAGUUGCUGUUUUUGCACUGGACUGAGCACCAUGGAAAACUUAGCAAUUUUAUAAGGACUAAAACAAAGCCGCCCAUAUAUUAUCUACCUGCAAAACCAUUGGAGAAAAAUGCAACCUUGAUCGAGCAGCAAAAGGAGCAGGAUUUCCUGGAGUGGAAGAGCGCUAGGCGACAGGAGCUAUCUGAAUAUCAGAAACAGAUUGGGGAGCAGUAUAUUGCAAAUGUUGAGAAGCAGCUGGAGAGGUGGCAAAAUGCGAGGAAAGCUAGAAAAGCAACUGAUGAUCUGAACUUACAGGAAACGAUGGAUAAAGAGUUGGAAACCCACCGGCUGGAGCAUGGACCCAAGACCAGAAAAAUCCCCGGCGCAGGUAGCAAUGAGGAUGAGGACGUUGAAGACAUCAACGUCGGAGAGGAUGACCUGAUGGACGAUGUGCUGGAUGUCGACGAGAACCACCGCAGAGGUGAUGAAAUACCCAAGGCUGAAGCAGGUAAUGCCAGUCCACAACUUGAUAAUACUAAUAACUAGCUAAUGAAGCCGGCAUCUUGCCAUACCGUUUUUUCCCUCCAAGUUAUUCCCUUUCAGUGUGCCUUUUGUUGGUUAGUUACGUACUUUUUUUGGUAGCGUGUUUGUAUUGUUGCUCCAUUUUGUUUUAAGUUACCCUUUAUAUGAAUUGUGUCUGCGGAUCCUAUGUGAGAUUUAGAUCAAGUAUCAGUGUGAUAUUGGAGUGAUACACAUUAUUUUCCGAA